GAGGAUAUUAAAAAGUUCUUAAACAAGGAAUUAGUCUGGAGUGAGUGGCACAUGAUCCGAGGGCAUCCGGAAUUCACCAAUAAUCCCUUAGUCUCUUCGCCCAAAAUCAACAAAGUACCACACCUUCUUCCCUCGCACACAAUCAAAUCAUUUCCCACGAACCUGUAACUGAACUCAAUAACGUUCUGAUUUCAAAUUAGAGAAGCUCGAAAAUCUCUUCAUACAUCAACGUUAAUGAUGGCUGAAAAACGUCGUCGCCGUGAGCAUCAAAACAUCGCAAGUGGAGGUUCAGGUUCAUCAUCAACAGGAAUGCCACAAUCAAAUUCAUCACCAAGCUUUCUCAAUCCUAUUCACACACUGGGCGCACCGCAAAGAUCUCUUGAUGCUGUGGCAUCAUCACGCCGACCACCCGGUCCUCGAUCUCCUCACGUGUCCUUACCAAUCUCGAGCAAAGUCGAUACUCCGGAUGGCCCUACCGCUGGACGCGUUGGAGAUAAAUCAAUUGCUCAUGCACCAAAGGUGUCACAGGAUUCAAGAAGAGAACUCAAGAAUCCUAAGCCAGGAACCAGUUUUAAGUCAGGCAGAGAAAGCUCUCCCAGCCUCGUACUCGACAACAAAGUUGAAGAUGCAGGACCGCUACAUAACCUCAGGUAUUUAAAGUGGUAUAUGGGACCUCAAUCUAAUGUUGAGAAUCUUGAGCCUCGUGAGAGACAAGCUCAACAACACCUCCGUGGCCGUCUCAAUAGAAGUGCGCUUUGUAUAAACACUCACUUUCAAAAAGAAGAUGAGGAGGUCUCCAGUACAAGUACGCGAAAGAAAAUCAACUCUUCUAAGUCAGACAAAAUCAAAGAACCCUCUUCUAGCAAUAAAAGUCAGGGUGCGACCGCAAAAUCCGCUCCGAUAACCAAGCCGACUUCGACCACAAAGCCAAGUUCAACUACGAGAGCCACUUCUAGCAAUCGGCAUCAAGAUUUGACAACAAAGCCUGCUUUGACAGUAAAAUCAAGUUCAACUGCAAGACCUGCUGCAAAUGUCAAGCCUGACCCUCCGCAAAAGCAUCAGAAUUUACCUUUGGAGAAGAAUAAUCAAAGGCCAGAAAAGUCUCAUCGUCAAACAGAUAAGCCAAUAAAGGUUGACACACUGCCAGAAAAGCUCCAAAACAAUGCUCCAAUCCCUAGAUCCGAGACAUCACUCGCUACGAAGUAUUAUCGAGAAUUAUAUCUACCCUCAAUUGGACUCACUUCCUGCGUUAAUAAAAUGAAAGAAAACGUCGGAGCAACAUUGGAACCAGCCCCAAAGAGUUUACUCUCGACGCCGAUACCCGCUCCUGCUCUAGCAGAAGCAAAACGUGGACAUGUGCUUGCAAUUGCAGCAAGCCUUCCUUCUGUGACUGGCCCCAAUGAAAACGGAUCAUUCCAAACUCCUGGCGCUGUACCGUAUAAUUUGACUCCUUCUCCUCCUGAAAGUGGACAAGAAAGUGAUUGCCGUGGGCAAUAUGGUGGACGUUCGACCUCUCCGUCUGACAACGGUUUCAAUAUUGUUGCUGAGUCUCCCACUGUUUUGGAACUUGAACCGACUUCAGUUCCAGCCAAUGAAAAGACUCCAAUUCAGGAAACUAAAGCGGCGUCUCCAGUUGCCGAAGACCACAGUCCCAACAGGCAAAAUUCGAUCGAUACAAAGAUGCAGGACACAGAAAAUUUAGUCCAGUCUCCGAAAGCCGUCGACCACGAGACUCCUGCGAAUUUUGAAACUGAAAGACCAGGUUCGCACUUUCGAGCCGACGAAAAGAUGCGAGAUUUGAUUGAUUUGACGGAACCAGACGUGAUGAGUGGUGCAGCUUCUCCGGAUUUCAACGACCUCACCGCACGCACUCAAUCCGACGAAGAAAUGCAGGAUGAGAUUGAUCUGACUGGAGAGGAUGAACAGGUACAGAAAUCAAUUGAGCAGGACGAAGAGAUGUCGGAUAUAAUGGAAGAUAAGCAGAGUCCCGUUGAGUACUGCCCAGGAAUAGUGAAUCAUGCGAGUUCUUCGACCUACAGACCCGCCAGUUUCGCGGGACCAGAGGUAGAAUCAGAGCCAGAGCAAGAAGAUGAAGUUGAGGCCGAGCAGCAGAAAUUUGACGAGCGGGUCACAAUCGACCUAACUUUGUCCCGAACUCCAACACCAAAACUCGAAGAUUUGCCCCGGCAAAUUAAUCAAAUCAAUGCUGGCCUUGCCUCCUCCAGAAUCAAUCAAGUCAUCAAGGGAAGAGACAGGGUUUAUGCACAUGAAAACCGUUACCAGGAUAUUGAUGAGGGUGCUCCUCCAGACCUUGUCGAAUCUAUGCCAAACGACAAGGCUCAAACUGGCAAUUCCAUCAAAGACGAAUCUUUUGACAUUCAGAAUAAAUUCAAAGUAGCUGCAUUUCAAGAGAACAAUGGACAAAGCAGAAAACUUGCAAACAACAACUCUGGUCAUGAACAGAGAAAUCCUGUACAAUCAACAUCAUCUGCUAAGCAUGUUGGUGUUGUUCAACCCACUGUGACUGAUGACUUCGUUGAGGCUACUGUAUCUGUUCAGGGCGACGCAAUGGAAAUUGAUAAGCCUACCAAGAUUGGCACACCCGACGAGUCUGUUGUAUCUGGUGAAGGUAAAAAGAAGCGCAAAGGAAAAGGCAAACGCGGAGGAAAGGGAAAAGGUAAAGGUAAAGGCGAUGCUAAGAACACCAAUGACCAAAAUGCUACGCAUUUCGACGAACGAAAACUCAAUUCUGAUAUCUCUCAAAUUCCUAGCGAUACUGAGCAGGACCCUCUCAAAGACCAAAGAGAUAGGAUCAUGAGUGAGGCAGAGAUCAAACAAGCAAUACUGGACGCCUUAACUGUUCCGGUCUUUCCAAAAGCUCCACCAAAAUCUAUGGUCACUGACGAGAAAGCUUACAAGUUGGCCAAGGAAGGAGGUUACUUUGAUUUGUCGUAUGCACUGUUCAGUGUGGUUCCUAAGGAAGUCCAUGACCAAAUUUGGAAGGAUGAAUACGAACGUCCACAGAUUAGCUUGUCGACGAAGAAACCUAAAUGGAUUCGUCCCCUCGAUCCUACAAUCAAACACCCAGCCAAGUCGGAAACCAAUUCUACCGAGUUGGUCAAGGUUUUAUGCGAUAUUGAGAAGUUAUUGAUUUCCGUUUGGGUUGGAGUUGAGUCCAUUAUUGUUGUAUUGUAUUCUGAGCUUGAUGACAAGUUCACCUCACGCGAUCUCGACGAGUAUUUCCGUCUCUACCAAGUGCAGAUCUACGAUGGAUGGACCGCUCUCUAUGCACACCUUCUCACAUUGGCCGAUUGGAAGGAUCGAUAUUUUGCAAUUACCAAUAUCAAGAAGCGAGCUGCUCGUCCCAACGCCAAUCCAUACGCUCAUCUUUUUACAAUCAAGAACCCAUCUGAUCUGCUAUUCUACGGAACCAUAGAAUAUCUUAAAGCUAUGCAAGCUGCUAUGAAGGCUGCCCAAGACGCAAAUGAUUGUGUGAUGAUGGAAGGCCCCAAAUGGAAGCAUAUGAUCGGAAUGAACAAAACUGUUCUGGGCGAGGAAUUUAGUAAAUGCCUUGACGGAUUGAGGAAGUUCAACUCAUAUGUCAGAAAGAGAGACUGGGAUGUUCCCGAAGCGCAUGAGGAUGACGAACUUCCUCCUAUGAUCGCUUCAAAACUAAGUACCAAGAAUGCAUCCGAGCAAGUCUCGUCUAAGGGGAAGGAAGCUGCCGUUAAAGAUGUUGUUCAAGAGAACUCUGGUGAUCUGAGUGAUGGUGAUCCACCAGGGUAUUACGAGGUGUCGUUGGAGCCCAAGGGAAAGCAAAUUGCUGUUGAAGAUGAUACCGAAGAGACAUCUGGCGAUGUAAGCGACGGUGAUCCACCGUACUACGAGGAAGACGACGACGACGACGACGAAGACAAUGAUUACGUCGAGGCUCGUUCUCACCGCCGUCGCAGUGGCCCGAAGCUUUCCGUCCAACCACCCACUCCUACUAAUAGACGUAUCUCUGGUGCCAUCGCCCAUUCGUCUUCUCACCGGGUUCCAUUAGGUAACGAGAUAAAACUCGACAAUGGAAACAAGGCUUCAUCUACUAACUGUUCUUCUCGUCAUCUUUUACCCGAGUAUGGCAUGAAAUCCAACAACGGACGCGGAGCUUCAUCCGGCAGCAAUGCAAUAAAAUCGAGCGAUGAAAUUCCCAGAGGUCGUCCUCUUCACCGAGUCGGUUCCAUCGAAACUCCAGCUUUUAUGAAGACUGUCAAAAAAGGAGCGAAGCGACUUAUGGUUGAAAUCGGUCCGAGCUCGAGCCCCAAUGAUCCCAAGGAUUACUUCGAGACACCAUAAAGAGGCAUUGCCAUAUUGAAUUGUACUACAGCCCGUGGAGGAUAAAUUGCUAUGAAAGAUCCAAGAGAUCUAUGUGUCGUUGUGCUUAUACCAAGGCCAUUAUUGAGAGUAUGAUAUGAUAGGUUAUGCUAGGAUACGAAGAUGUUGUUCGACUAAAGUGGUCAAAUUUUGCAUAUGUUAUACCAUAGCAUUGUUGUUGGACAGAAAUUUUUGACAACUUUCGUAUUUCAUAGCGGGUGCCUUGACGGUUGAGUUAGAUCUUGACACUUGAUUCGGUCAUCCAACAGUUUAGCUUUCUGGCUCUACUGUGUGGGUGGUUGCAGAUAGUCCCCCACAAGAUAGUCAGAAUACCUUUUAUUUUUGACGCGUGUUUUGCUUCAUGAUUGUGAAAUGAGAUGGUUGUGUCAUGAGAUGGUUCAAAGUGAAAGCAGCUGUACAGCAGCCCAAAACCCCGCCUUAUUGCAUCUGCGGAUCAUCAUUAGAUGUGUGCAGUGCAAAUGUACACUUUGGUAUGAGUUGUACACA